AUGCUGCUGAAAGUUACGGGUCGGGGUCUUCAUAUCAUGGGAGGUGGUCUUUGGGAGGAAGGCCCUGCGAUUGCUGAAAACGGGUCAUUUGUGGAAACGGAGCGGCAAUUGCCGCACCCUGCUACGGCCCUGUCCUGUGAUCGCGGUGUGACAGCCGGGAGCCGUUCUCCUGGGCCGUGGUUCCCGCUUUCAGGCUGGCAAAAAGGACAGAUAGAAGAAACAAAUAAUGUAUCACUCCUGGACUCAAUAGUAUUGCCAGACGAGAGAGAAUUUCAAUAUGCUGCUAAAAUGAACAAUUUGGAAACCAUGGAAAAGCUGUUUAAAAAAAACGUUAACAUAAAUGCUGUAGAUGCUCUGAAGCGCACUGCAUUCCAUUUUGCUGUUGCGAGAAGUCAUAUAUCAGUGGUGGAUUUUCUUCUCCAUCACAAAGCUAGACUUGAUAUGGCGGAUCAGCAUGGCCUGACAGUGAUUCAUCUUGCGGCUUGGACUGGAAAUCUGGAUAUAAUGAGAAAAUUAGUUAAAGCAGGUGCAGAUCAAAAGGCUAAGAAUGAGGAAGGAAUGAACGUACUGCACUUUGCUGCUCAGAACAACAGUGUUAAAAUAGUUGAUUAUUUUCUCCAAGAUCUUCAUCUGAAUGACUUGAACAAGCCUGAUGGGAAAGGUAAAAAGCCUUUUCUUCUGGCAUCUGAAAAAGGCCAUGUUGACAUGAUAAACAAUUUGAUUACUCUGAAGCUGUUUACAUCUGAAAGAGAUAAGGAGGGAAACACAGCAUUGCAUCUAGCAGCCAAAAAUGGUCACAGCGAAGUUGUAGAAAUUCUGCUUGAACAGUGGGAGGAAAUAAAUGAGCUUAAUCAGAACGGAGAAACCCCAUUUUACUUGUCUGUUGAAGGAGGUCACAAAAAAUGUGCUGAACUCUUACUGGAAGCAGGGAGUGACAUCAAUGUUUUAACUCAGAACAAUAACAGUGCUUUGCAGAUUGCAGUUCAGAAUGGACAUCUAUCCUUGGUAACUUUCCUUAUUGAUAAGCAUAUUGACCUGGUUCCUAAACCUGAGCAGAAGAAUUCCCCUCUUCAUUUAGCAGUCAUCAAUAAUCAUCUACCAGUAGUAAAAAGCCUCUUGGAUGCCAAUCAUGAUAUAAACUCCUUAAAUCAUAGGCAGGAAACUCCUCUACAUCUGGCAGCUGAUCUUGGCAAUGUGGAGCUGGUGGAAGUGCUGCUGAAGACAGGCUGCAAUCUCAAGACUGUGGAUAAGCAUGGAAAAACUGCACUAGCUGUGGCAUCAAGGAGCAGUCAUGCCCUCAUUGUAGAUAUGAUCAUUAAAGCAGAAAGGUAUUAUGCCACCAAACAGGAACAUGUAGCUUAUAGUGAUGAUGGUUCAGGCUUAGACUUAUCCUUCAAACAAGAUCAUAGUACACAGACCAAGCAAAUCCGUUCCUCCCUUUGGAAUCUAGCAUACAACCAGUUAAAACCCCAGGAAUGGAAAAAACUGGCCCUGUUCUGGAAGUUCACAGAAGAACAAAUUAAAGCUAUUGAAGAACAAUGGACAGGGAAAAAAAGUUAUAAGGAACAUGGAAACAGAAUGUUGCUCAUCUGGUUACACGGUAUAUUGCUGGCUCAUCAGAAUCCUGUCAAGCAUAUAUACGAAGAUCUGGUGGAAGCAGGAUUUCAGCAUUUAGCUGAGAAAAUCAGAGCUGCAAGUAACGUUGACAUGGACUUCAGAAAAUGUGCAAUUUCAUGAGUUCGUCAAUGAAACAUGACAUAUAUGAUGGAGUUACUUGCCAGAUGGAAACUGACUUCAAAUACAAAUAAUAUCUUUUCUGGAAAUAAAGUUAUAUGGCUUUUUCAAAGCUAGAAGAACCUGCACUCCUGAAAUAUUGGUUAGUUCUUUCUCAUAUGCUUGCUACACAGUGAUUUAAAGAAUUAUUUAAGAGUGAAUGGCUGGCUGACAAUUUAUGACUAUACUGCUAAACAAGAACCAUUCCCCUACAAGUUCUUGAUCUGGCUUAACACUGAUACACUAAUUCUUCAUUGGAACUGCAAAUUAAGCUAUUUUAUGUUUGACAUGAAAUGUAAAUAAGAUGUUUUCUACCUGAAAGAAAUUAAAUUUGAUAAGUGAAAAUUAUGGGUAUAAAUCAACACUUGCAGAAAUAGGUUGGCACCUGAUCGCAUUUGGGAUUCCGGUAUUUAUAAAGUCUUGCUAGGAUUAGGGCAAGACUUUCUUUUUCGGCAUUUGAUUUAUGUAGUGAGAAUACCCAAAAAUGUCAUAUCUAAAACCAUGUGUGGCUGGCUGCAUAAUUUUCUAUUAGGCAUAACCUUAUCUACAUACUCAAAAAAACCCAUUUGAUAUUUAAUACUUAACACAUAUAGCAGUUAUUUACCUAUUUCUUGUUCAUGUCUUGAACUAAUAUUUGGUAGUGUCUUGCUGAACUUGUUUAAAGGUUUUCUCAUUGAAUACAUUUCAUAUCUGAAAAAUUACAUUAAAUGUCUAUCUUUGUAAUCUUUUCUAACAAAAUAGCAGUAAUUUUAUCAUGUAAUGGAAGAAUUGAAUUGCCUUGUCUAUAUAUAGCUAGCAUUAUUUUGUACUGAAUCUUAUUGUUUGUACUAAAAAGAUAAUGAUCUGUAUCUUAGUCUGAAGCCUUAUGCCUAACUGCCCUCUUGUGUGCAACUGUUUUGACAUGGCUGCAGAACAACACAGAAAUAUAAAGAGCAGACUGGUAAAUCCUCAGUUUUUGUAAUGAGGGAUCUAAGAUCACAAAUUCUUAGAUCCUGACAGGUAUGCAUCAAGUUCUGCAGCACAGCUUGGAAAAAGAGAAUGCUUAACAAUUUGAUGGACUGAUACCUCACCUGGCCCAAGUCACACUCUUGGGGGUUAAGGAUAUCACCUGUUAUUCUCCAUUUAAGUAUGCUGUUAUAUAUAAUUAAAAUGCACAUUAACUACACUUAGCUGCAUAAGCAACUAAAAGUAUAUGUGACAAAAAUAAAUUUAAUUUUCACUUGAAAGUAGAUGUUAGUAAUAUUGAGACUAAAGAAAGAGAUUGAGACAAAAAUCACACUCUAUCCUUUAUUUAAAAGUGUGCAAAAGAUUCCUUAAACAAGAAGUGUUUAUCUUAAUAAAAUAAGUUCUCAAAUAGUUUGGAGGUAGAACAACAUUUCAAGUUCUUUUUCCCCCUCCAGAUGUUUACUAUAAAAGCACUUUUAUUU